CGUCCGCUUCUCCCUCCACCGCAUGUGCUUCGUUUCAACUGCGGUUAUGCUCCAGUGGUCCGAAGACUCAGGCAGUUUUAGACAGCGUUACAUUCAUCAGCAUUCAUCGCCAUCGCGAGACAUGCGUGCGCAACUGACUCUAGGAGUGUUUAUACUGUUUCUGGCGGUGCGGCAAACGCACGCGACUGAAUCCGCCAGUGCUCAUGACACCUCACAGGAAAAAUCACUCAACAUCCAGAAGAAAAGGCUGUCUCUGCAGAACACAGCGGAGAUUCAGCAGUGUCUGGUGAACGCUGGUGAUGUGGGCUGUGGGAUGUUUGAAUGCUUCAAUAACAACUCCUGCGAGAUCCGCGGACUACAUGAUAUCUGCAUGACGUUCCUCCACAAUGCUGGCAAAUUUGACUCCCAGGGGAAAUCGUUUAUCAAAGACACGCUCAGGUGCAUGGCCCACGGACUGCGCCACAAGUUCAGCUGUGUCAGCCGCAAGUGUGUGGCCGUGAAAGAGAUGGUGUUCCAGCUUCAGCGCGAGUGUUACCUCAAACACAACCUCUGCUUGGCCGUGAGGGAGAACGUCAACGUCAUGGUGGAGAUGAUCCAUUUUAAGGACCUGUUUCCUAAAGGGCCUCAUGUGGAGUUAGUGAACAUCCUGCUGGGAUGCGGUGAGGAGGUACGAGUCGCCAUCGGCCGCCGAAUACGAACGCAGUGCGAGCAGAACUGGGGAGCUCUGUGUGGGACCCUGAGUCUUUGUGCCCUUGGAAAGGUGGAGAACCAGGCCAGCUCCACCCUCGCCCCCAUCCCAGACAUCACUACCACACCAGGAGCCAACGCAAACGCCCUACAUCCCACGAGCUUUCCUCACCACGAGGCUGAUGGCCAAGCAGUCUGGACGCUCACAGAAACUCGUGAAGAGGAAAAUCUCUCCUCAGGUCCUCAAGACAACACCUCUGACGCCCGAAAAGAGCUCAAGAGGUCUCCGAAUGCCACCAAAAGGAGGUGAAGGGAAGAGUGUGCUCUGCGUUUAAGCACACACAGUUGAAGGCAGAAUUAUUAGCCCUCCUGAAUGAUUAUUUCCCCAAUUUCUGUUUAAUGGGAAGACUUUUUCUAAGCAUAAUAGUUUUAAUAACUAAUAUGACAUAAUAUUUUAUUAGAUAUUUUACUACAUACUAGUAUUCAGCUUAAAGUGACAUCUAAGUGCUUAACUAGAUUAAUUAGGCAAGUUCGGAUAAUUAUGCAAGUCAUUGUAUAACAGUGGUUUGAUCUGUAGCCAAUCAAAUAUAAUAAUAUUGCUUAAAGGGGCUAAUGACAGUUAUUCUUAGUGAAAUUAAACAUCUCCAGAAGAAAAACUAUUGUUGGAAAUACUGUGAAAAAUUCCUUGCUCUGUUAAAUAUUUAAAAAACAAAACAAAACGCUCAGGAGGGCUAAUAAUUCUGACUUCAACUGUACAUACGCUACAGGUCAAUCAUUUGAAAUACUUGCGAUGUCUAAUGUCUUUGAAGGAAGUGUCUAAUGCUCUGCAGAUUCAGACACACUGGGUCUAAAGUUACCUCUCGCCCUGCGUCCUACAUGACUGAAAUUGGUGCUGGCGAGUUGGUGUUACUGGUCGUUUCACGAAAAAGUGCGCAUGUUUUCUUAAAGGGACAGUUCCCCAAAAAAUAGAAAUCCUGUCAUUGUUUACUCUACCUUCAUUUGUUUCCAAACCUGUUUGAUUGUCUUGCUUCUGUUGAACACAAAAGAAGAUAUUUUGAAGAAUGCUGGUACCUGUAUUUGCUUUUCCUACUAUGGAAGUCAACGGUGACAGAUUUUCAGCAUUCUUCAAAAUAUGUUCUUCUGCGUUAAACUGAAAACGAGGGUGAGUAAAUCUCUUUAAAAUGAGUUUUUAAUGGUCAUUAGAUCACGUGAGUAUGUAACAGCACUGUGAUCUUUUCACAUGAGCAGCUCAUGAUGAUGUGAUUUCAGAGUAACUCAUAGUAAAUAAUUAUAGUGGCUUGAGAAAGUCAGCAUACUGUUAUACUAUUCCUUUUUUUUCCUCUAAUGCUGUUCACACCAGACGCGGAACUCGCGAAUAAAUCACGCAUAAAUAGACGCGUGAACAUUUUGAGUUUACUCGCUUCGUUCGCGUGUCAAAUCCACUUUAUUCGCGCGUCAAAUUCACUUCACAAUAGAUGCAGAUUCGCAUCAUGGGCGGGGCUUUUGUCUGACUCUAGCUUUGCUGCUAAAUGUCUAACAUGGAUUUUAUUGACAUAGUAGCUGUGCUUUAAGUGCUUUAGGGAGGCUGGAAAACACAGUCGAUUCGUUCGGCGCCGUGUCUGAGUCCACUAGAUCCUUUCAGAGGUGCUUCAGACUGAGCUCAGCCCAGUUGAAUGAACUGUUGUCCGGUGUCGGCAGGAGGAUUUCCCCUCGGUACACCAACAACAGGCUCUUCGUCAUAAUCACAUAUUCACAAUCCCAUACAAGAGAAAGCUCUUGAUUGGUUAAUGCGGCGCAAAAGUACACUGAAGUUUAGAUUUUCCAACUCGAGCGAUUCGCACAUUGCGUCAUUCGCGCGCCUCAUUCGCGCGUCUAUUCGCGUCUUUGCAUUGACUUAACAUGUGAAUCACUCACACUAGACGCUUCAGUCGCAUCUGAUGAGAACGCAGCUUUAGACUAUUUUAAGAACGUCUAUUCGCAUCUUUGCAUUGACUUAACAUGUGAAUCACUCGCGCUCGCCGCUUCAUCCGCAUCUGAUGAGAACGCAGCUUAAGACUAUUUUAAGAACGUCUAUUCGCAUCUUUGCAUUGACUUAACAUGUGAAUCACUCGCGCUCGCCGCUUCAUCCGCAUCUGAUGAGAACGCAGCUUUAGACUAUUUUAAGAACGUCUAUUCGCUUCUUUGCAUUGACUUAACAUGUGAAUCACUCGCGCUCGCCGCUUCAUCCGCAUCUGAUGAGAACGCAGCUUUAGACUAUUUUAAGAACGUCUAUUCGCGUCUUUACAUUGACUUAACAUGUGAAUCACUCGCGCUAGACGCUUCAUCCGCGUCUGAUCAGAACGCAGCUUUAGACUAUUUUAAGAACGUCUAUUCGCAUCUUUGCAUUGACUUAACAUGUGAAUCACUCACGCUAGACGCUUCAUCCGCAUCUGAUGAGAACGCAGCUUUAGACUAUUUUAAGAACGUCUAUUCGCGUCUUUACAUUGACUUAACAUGUGAAUCACUCGCGCUAGACGCUUCAUCCGCGUCUGAUCAGAACGCAGCUUUAGACUAUUUUAAGAACGUCUAUUCGCAUCUUUGCAUUGACUUAACAUGUGAAUCACUCACGCUAGACGCUUCAUCCGCAUCUGAUGAGAAUGCAGCUUUAGACUAUUUUAAGAACGUCUAUUCGCUUCUUUGCAUUGACUUAACAUGUGAAUCACUCGCACUUGCCGCUUCAUCCGCGUCUAAUGAGAACGCAGCUUUAGACUAUUUUAAGAACGUCUAUUCGCGUCUUUGCAUUGACUUAACAUGUGAAUCACUCACGCUAGACGCUUCAUCCGUAUCUGAUGAGAACGCAGCUUUAGACUAUUUUAAGAACGUCUAUUCGCGUCUUUGCAUUGACUUAACAUGUGAAUCACUCGCGCUCGCCGCUUCAUCCGUAUCUAAUGAGAAUGCAGCUUUAGACUAUUUUAAGAAUGCAUUUCCUAGAUUGUUCAUAAUACAACCACCAAACUAACUCCAACACUCCAAACUAACUGAUCCGACUUGUGGUUUUCUGAAAACUGACCCGGAAAAUUCGGAAAAGUCCCAUUGACUUAACCUAGCAACACCUUAGAAAUGACCUAGAACACACUAACAACCACCGAGCAAUACCUUAACAGUAAAACCAGAAAUAUUUCUAAAUACGGUUACAAUUUAAAACAACAGUUUUCCGUAUAAACUUUCGCUUUAAAGCGUACGUUAUUUCUCUGAUGUCUUCGGCAUCAAAAAUCAUUUUUAAUUAAUGUUUAAAAUAGCUUUUUCAGCUUAGUAAAAUAUUAGGCAACAAAAAGUGUUCAAUAUUGACAACCUCAAAUGUUUCUACAAUGCAGCAAAUCAACACGGCAGAAUGAUUUCUAAAUAAUUACGUUACUCUGAAGACUGAUCUGUAAUCACAAAAUUAAAAGAAAAAGUCAAAUAUGUUUAAAUAGAAAGCGUUUAUUUUAAAUUGUAAUGGCGCUUGACUACAUGGCCCAUGUUAAGUGUGUGGUGCUGAGCUUCAGUGAGCAGAAGAGACUUCUUUCAUUAACAUUAUUGAUGUCUGAAGGACAGAUGCACCAGCGAUGAUGACAGGGUGUUUCACUAUGAUGUCACAUCAUUGUGUGUGUACUUGUUUGUGUGUUUUAUGAGGACACAAAAUUGUAUAAUAACAUGGGCAUGACCUAGUUGUACUCUAUUAAGCUGGUUUAUGUGUCCUCGUAAUUCAAACCAGUUAAAAAUCAUACUUAACCAUGUAUUUACACAAUUUGCAACAAGGUUGGGGUUAGGGCUAGGGGUAGGUAAGGCCAUUUCAUAAUAAGUUUUUUUACUGUAUAAAAUAAAUUGCGCCUAUGGAAAGUCCUUGUAAACCAUAUACACAAGUAUGUAUAUGUAAAAGAUAUGUACAUGUGCACAUGUUUGUGUGGUUUAUAAGGUCACAAUAUUGUAUAAUUACAUGGUUAUGACCUAGUUGUACUCUAUUAAGCUGGGUUAUGUGUCCUCGUAAUUCAAACCAGUUAAAAAUCAUACCUAACAGGGCAUUUACACAAUCUGCAACAAGGUUGGUGUUAGGGCUUGGGGUAGGUAUGGCCAUUUCAUGAGAGGUUUUACUGUAUAAAAUAAAUUGCGCCUAUGGAAAGUCCUUGUAAACCAUAUUCACAAGUAUGUAUAUGUAAAACAUAUGUACAUGUUUUUGUGGUUUACAAGGACACAAAAUUGUAUUAUUACAUGGGUAUGAACUAGUUGUACACUAUUAAGCUGGUUUAUGUGUCCUCGUAAUUCAAACCAGUGAAAAAUCAUACUUAACCAUGUAUUUACACAAUUUUCAACAAGGUUGGGGUUAGGGCUAGGGGUAGGUAAGGCCAUUUCAUAAGAGGUUUUUACUGUAUAAAAUAAAUUGCGCCUAUGGAAAGUCCUUGUAAACCAUAUACACAAGUAUGUAUAUGUAAAAGUUAUGUACAUAUGUACAUGUUUGUGUGGUUUACGAGGUCACAAAGCUGUAUAAUUACAUGGUUAUGACCUUGUUGUACUCUAUUAAGCUGGUUUAUGUGUCCUUGUAAUUCAAACCAGUUAAAAAUUAUACCUAACGGGGCAUUUACACUAUUUACAAUUGGGUUGGGGUUAGGGCUAGAGGGGGGUAAGGCCAUUUCAUAAGAGGUUUUACUGUAUAAAAUAAAUUGCGCCUAUGGAAAGUCCAUGUAAACCACACAAACAUGUGCAUGUUUUACAUAUACAUUCAUGGGUAUAUGGUUUACAAGGACACAAAAUUGUAUAAUUGCAUGGAUAUGACCUAGUUGUACUCUAUUAAGCUGGUUUUUGUGUCCUCAUAAUUCAAACCAGUUAAAAAUCAUACUUACAGGGCAAUUUCCAACAAGGUUAAGACUAGGGGUUGGUAAAGGCCAUUUUUAUAAGAGGUUUUAACUGUAUAAAACACAUUACGACUAUGUAAAGUCCUUGUAAACCAUAUAUACAGUACAAGUAGGUGUGUGUGGGUUUACUGGGUCAUAUUGUGAGGACAUGGACUGGUCAAGUAUUUGAUAGGAGUCUCAAACAUGUUUGACUCGUAGACUGUGGAUCGAGUGUAGUCCUACACGUUUUUUAAAAGAGAAGAGACUUCUCUGCAUUAUUACUAAAACUGGGCAUUGGGUUUCUACGAUGACAUCAUUCCACAAGCUCAGUGUUUGUCUGCUCUGAUGCAGAGCCAUUUGGGGACAGAAGAUGAAACAUGUCUGGGUCACAUUUUACCCCAAAAGAAGAAGAAGAAGAAAGGAUCAUAUCAUUUUAAACGUAUUUUUUAAAAACAAAUGUAAUUGUUUAUUUUUUGUAAAUCCAUCAGAGGCCACGGUUACAUUUCUGUAAAUAUAACUGUCUUUCUCCUUUUUGUUCUGAAAGGAACAGAAGUUAGCAUUAGUGCCCUGUAUAAGUACCGUGAAAAGGAAAGGAAGUUAGCGUUAGUGCCCUGUAGCAGUAUCGCAAAAAAGGAACAGAAUUUAGCACUAGCACCCUGGAAAAAGUAUCGCGAAAAAGAAACAGAUGUUAACAUUAGUGCCCUGUAGAAGUAUCAUGAAAAGGAACAGAACUUAGCAUUAGCGGCCCGUAGAAUUAUCACGAAAUAGAACAGAAGUUAGCGUUAGCGCGCCAUAGAAAUAUAACGAAAAGGAACAGAAGUUAGCAUUAUUCCACUGUAGUAGUAUCCCGAAAAGGAACAGAAGUUAGCAUUACCUCCCCAUAGAAGUGUCACAAAAAGGAACAGAAGUUAACGCUAGCGGCCUGUAGAAGUAUCACAAAAAGGAAGAGAAGUUAGUGUUAGCGCCCCAUUGUAAUAUAACGAAAAUGAACAGAAGUUAGCAUUAUUGCACUGUAGUAGUAUCCCGAAAAGGAACAGAAGUUAGCAUUACCGCCCCAAAGAAGUGUCACAAAAAGGAACAGAAGUUAACGCUAGCGGCCUGUAGAAGUAUCACAAAAAAGGAACAGAAGCUACCAUUAGCAUCCCAUAAAAGUAUCACAAAAAGGAACAGAAGUUAGCAUUAGCACCCUGUAGGAGUAUCACAAAAAGGAACAGAAGAUACCAUUAGCACCCUGUAGCAGUAUCACAAAAAAGAACAGAAGAUACCAUUAGCACUCUGUAGCAGUAUCACAAAAAGGAACAGAAGUUAGCAUUAGCACCCCAUAAAAUUAUCACAAAAAAAGAACAGAAGUUAGCAUUAGCACCCCGUAGAAGUGUCACAAAAAACAACAGAAGUUAGCGUUAGUGUUAACGCCCCAUAAGUAUCACAAAAAGGAACAGAAGCUACCAUUAGCGCCCCAUAAAAAAAUUUAAAAAAAGAACAGAAGUUAGCAUUAGCGCCCUGUAGAAGUAUUACAAAAAGGAACAGAUGUUAGCGCUAGCGCUCUGUAGAAGUAUCACGAAAAAGAACAGAAGUUAGUGUUAGCGCACUAUAUAAGUAUCGUGAACAGGAACAGAAGUUAACGUUAGCACCCCAUAGAAGUAUCGCGAAAAGCAACAGAAGUUAUUGUUAGCACCCUGUAGCAUUCAUUUUACACACAAAAUGCAGCCAGACGUAGCCCUGGGAACAUGUUUUGCGGCUCUCAAAUAUAUCCCUGCGCACAUACUCCCAACGUUUCCAAAAUGUCACCACCUAAACAUGACAGUGAAAUGAAUUAAGCGCUAAAGCAACCAAUAGUGUCGAUUUAGCAUGACAGCGUAGUAGUUCAUUUUAAUGUCUUUCUUCUUUUAUUUUGGGGUGAGGUGUGAAUGUGAAGGUGACCUUGACAUGGUUUGUGAGAUGAAGCCUCAGCAGCAGAUAUAAGCUCUAAUAUCACACUUUUCUUGCACUGCAGUGCUGCCGUUGCCAAGGCAAUCUGACAUAUCUAUUAUCUGUCUGUCAUAUCAGAUUUCAUAUUUACCAUUGUGGUACGUGAUGAAGACCUCUGCCUAUCUAAACAGAUUACGGUCUUGCACACCAAUAUUGUAACGUAUAAUAUGCAGAACAUUGUUUUUGGACCUACCUCAUCUCUGUAACUGAUAUACUGUAUCGCAUAUAUGUCUCCAUAUUUUCACAAAGCAAGCAUAACUCACUCCCCUCAGUUUCCAGUGUGUCUUGUAGAUAUUUCACAUCAUUAUUACUAUUGUUUCUCGAUUUAAAUUAAUUUCUUCAACGUUAUGCAUGAAGUGUGUCUAGAGGACUUUUAUUUUGACGUCAGGUUUGUUGCAGCCACUAUAAAGUGCUGGUAAUACGUUUUAUAUUCACGCUUGUACUAUUUAUUUUCGUUUUUUUGUUAUGUUAUGUUAUUAUCAUUUAUAUUUUUAUUCGAGAUCUGUAUCAAAGUAAUCAAAUGUAUUCAUAGAAAAAUACAUAAUAAAUCAAACUCAUAUUCAGUU